AUGGCCGGAAAGAGCGCAAGAGGCCUCAAUGAGGCCUUCAGGGCUCUGAGUCUCUCGUCACACACCUGCAGAGAAGCCGCAUCACAACGGCUCACGUCCUCUUUCGCGAGGUCAAUGGCCACAGAGGCCCCUCUCCCGCGGACCUCGACGUCGAUAGACAGCUUUGCCGCCUCCUCCCCAUAUCGACCCACCCCGACCGUCCCCUUGACCAUCUUCGACUUUCCCUCCUACGAACCCCAGCGCCUCGAGGCGUGGUCCUCCAAGCACCUGAACCUCCCUCUUCGCCGCGAUAUCCUUCAUCUGGCCGUCGUCUACGAGGGCGACAACACGCGUCAAGGUACAGCAUCCUCCAAGACACGUUACGAGGUCCGCGGUUCGGGCCGCAAGCUAUACGCCCAGAAGGGUCUCGGCCGCGCCCGUGUUGGCGACGCCCAGUCGCCUCUCCGCAAAGGUGGCGGUAAGACGUUCGGCCCCAAGCCGCGCGACUUUGGCACCAAGCUCAACCGCAAGGUCUACGAUCUGGCGUGGCGGACGGCGCUGAGCUACCGGUACCGCCGCGGCGAGCUGGUGGUAUGCUCGGACGGCAUGGAGCUUGCACUCCCGGCCCAGUUUCAGGCCAUGAUCGAGGAGGGCCUAGUCAAGGACGAGGAGCUGAUCGACGGCUUCAGGGCCCGCUGGGCACGCCAGGUGAUGGAGCGCAACGAGUGGGGGAAGCAGAACGGCCGCAGCACCUUCAUCACAAGCUCAUGGAGAGAGGACCUGUUUGGAGCUCUUGACUUGGUCCCCAACUACGGCCGCGCCCUAGAUGUGGCCGAUGUGGACGUCAAGGAUCUACUGGAGUCGGGCAGGCUGGUCAUUGAGAGGUCCGCCCUCCAGGAGAUGGUCGAGAGGCAUCAGAGCGACCUGAUAUCAUCGGUCUUCGUCAGCGGGGUGGCUGGCACGGCCGAGAGCGGCAAGAUUGUGGUGGAGUAA